AUGCGUAGUGCCCCUCCCACCCUUAAGAUCCUUUUAUCCUUCGUGGACUUCAACCUGGAAGACACGUCCGACUGCAUCAGCGGAGACUUCCUGACUGUCUCGGACCCGCAGGGCCAGUCUCGGACCUUCUGCGGCCGGGAUCACCCGUGGAUGCUCGAAUCCGUCGGGAACCGACUCACCGUCAGGUUCUUCUCGGAUGCUAGCAGCGAACACGGGUAUCGUUUUAAACUGUCUUACAUGACGGCUUCCAGAUGCGACGAAGGCUGGGAGGAAUUCGAUCAAUACUGCUAUUAUUUUUCCGAAAAUCAGAAGAACUUUGCAGACGCUCGGAGUUAUUGCCUGUCUAAUGGAGCGGACUUAGCGAGCAUCCAUUCGAGAUCAGAGCAGAUUUUUAUGCAAGAAAAUGCAAAGAGGGCCUCACUAUUGAUCGGUGCAAAGACGACAGGGGAAGGAUUGUACGUAGAUCCAUGGAACUUUGAGUUCAUCGAUGGUACUCCCGAGGAUUACCAUAAUGUAUGGGAAGGGGUAAAUCCUUGGAUUCUCGGAGAUGAGGAGGGGGAAUGCGGAAUUAUAAUGCUUCCUGACAAGUGGCAGAAUCGCGAUUGCAGGGAAAAGCGACUGAUUCUGUGUGCCUCUCAAGUUUCUCACGAUUCUGAUUGA